CCCCUGCGACAUGAAUUUGUACAGGCUGCAUCAAAGACUGUGAGCAAGACAGAGAGAGAGAGAGAAACAGUUUGCACGUGCAUGUGUGUGUGUGUGUCUGUGUGCACCCUCAAUCUCCUUGACUUUCUACAAUGGAUUUACAACUGGAUCCGUGAGCCUCACCGGAACACAGGCUAUCUUUCUCCUCUGGGUCUCUCGCUACCUUGAACAUUUAAAAAAAAAGAAAACCCCUCUCUCUCUCUCUCCCCCUCUCUCUCUCUCUCUCUCUCUCUCUCUCUCUCUCUCUCUCUCUCUCUCUCUCUCUCUCUCUCUCUCUCUCUCUCUCCUCUACUUGCCUCACGGGUGAAUGGAUAAUGCGGGGCUUCCAGAGGCUGCAGGAGGAGGGCUGCCGGUUGCGCCGCAGCUGAGCGAGGAGACGGCGGCUAGUGGCGUGCUGUUCCGCUGGGGCUGGUCCAGACGAGUGCUGCCUCUGCCCUACAGAGAAGAGCUCUACCAUGUCCUGCGCCUCACGGGCCCUCUGUUCAUCUCCAGAAUUCUCAACUUCAUGAUGCCCUUUGUCAUCACCAUCUGGUGCGGUCACCUUGGCAACGUAGAGCUAGGUGGAUAUGCUUUGGCCUCAGCGCUCAUCAACUGCACCACAGCUGCCACAGGCUUUGGCCUCGCGAUGGCCUGCGACACGCUGGUCUCUCAGACGUUUGGCAGUAAGAACCUGAAGCGCGUGGGUGAGAUCCUGCAGCGCAGCAUCCUGAUCAUCCUGCUGUUCUGCCUGCCCUGCUGGGCCGUGCUCAUCAACUCCGAGACCCUGCUGCUGGCACUGUGGCAGGAACCAGAGGUGGCCAGGAUAACGCAGCUGUAUUGCCUGGCCUUCUUGCCUGCUGUUCCAGCCAUGUUUCUGCAUCAGCUGCAGGUGUCCUACCUACAAAAUCAGGGCAUAAUUUUACCCCAGAUGUACACAGCUGCUGUUGCGAAUAUCAUCAAUGUCUUCGCCAACUGGUUCCUCAUAAACAAAAUGGAGCUUGGAGUAAAAGGGUCCGCCGUCGCCUCGAGUCUGUCCACGAUCACCCUGUGUCUCCUGCUGUUCGGGUACAUCCACAGGAAACAGCUUCAUAAGGAGACGUGGAGAGGUUGGUCCAGUGCCUGUCUGCAGGAGUGGGGCACCUUCAUGCAACUUGCUGUUCCAAGCACCCUCAUGCUCUGCUUUGAGUGGUGGAUCUAUGAGAUUGGAAGCUUCCUGGCAGGUAUGUUUGGUGAAGUGGAGCUGUCUGCUCAGCACAUAGUGUUAGAGUUGGGGACAAUAGCUUACAUGCUCCCCCUGGGCAUCAAUGCUGCUGUGUGUGUGCGCGUGGGCAACUCUCUAGGUGCCGGGGAUGACAAGCAGGCCCUGGUCAUAUGCAAAGUUGGUCUAGCGCUGUGUACCACAAUGACUGUGCUUCAGGCCAUUGUGUUGGCUUCAAUCAAAUCUUUCAUAGGUUACCUCUUCACCAAUGAUGAGGACAUUGUGGGAAUUGUCUCCAAACUUCUGACCAUUUUUAUACUCCUGCAACUCUUUGACGGUCUUGUGUGUGUGAGUUAUGGGGUGCUGGUUGGAGCUGGGAAGCAGAAGAUCGUGGCCAUCUCCAACCUGGUCUGCUACUACUGCUUUGGCCUGCCAGCCGGCAUCACCCUCAUGUUUAAAGCCUGCCUAGGGAUUUUAGGUUUGUGGCUCGGCCUCCUCCUUAGUGUUGUAUUGCAGGCGUGCUUUUUUGUUACUUGCAUCUUCAAACUGGACUGGAGAAAAGCAGCUACUCAGGCUCAGAAGCGUGCUGGGAAGAAGGUCGAGGUGGCAUGUGUGGAGCAGAAGCUGCCCGUUGACUAUCAGACCGUGGAGCAGAAGCCUCCCGUUGACUAUCAGACCGUGGAGCAGAAGCCUCCCGUUGACUAUCAGGCCGUGGAGAACACCCUGCUACCAGAGAAGAGCUUAGAUGUUGGGGCAACGGUACCUGGGUUGUCCAAAGUGGGCGCCUCCUGCCUCAAGGAAAAUGGCUACAGCGAAGUGAGCACUGAGGAUCAGAGCCAGCAGGAGGGUGGGAAGGGUGAAGGACACGUGGAGCAGCAGCUAGAGAAGACGUCACCACCAUCAACACAGCUCUCCGUCGCACAGCUGGUGCUGCGGAGGGGACUGGCGGCGCUGGCCGCUGCCGCCAUUCUGGUGGUCGGGGUAGUGAUUCAUUUGAGCUUCCCGCCGGACAUCUUUCACAACGCUGCCAGCAGUGCUGGUAACCAAAGCCUCGUCUAUAACUGUACUGCCCCAUUCUGAGACUCCUAAAUCCAGAAUUGUCACUUAGCAAGUUAGUGACACUCUGGCAGGACUGUGGGAUCUUGGGGAAUCUCUAAAGGUUUAUACUGCGAGAAAAGAUGAAUUUUCUAAACUGGGUUUCCAUUAUGAAGGUAUUCGUUUUUGCUGUCCAUUUUCUUUUUUUUAAAAUUCGUUUUAGUCAUAAAACAGAAUGUAUUUUUUAUUAUUAUUUCUUGUCAUAAUUACUCAUUCACAUAAAAACAUUGUAUUUUUAUUAGUCUCUAGAUUAAUUUACAAUUUUCACAAUUGUUUCCUACUUCAACUUAUUUAAUUCAUUUUAGUAUACUUAUAUGUACAGUAUAAUAUAGUAUAUAUAUAUUAAUUUAUAUAAUUAUAUACAAUAUAUAUAUUAGUAUAUACCUUAUAUUAAUACAAAUGUUAUAAUGCAACUACAGUAUUUGUUUCUAAGUGUGUGUGUGUGUGACAGAGAGAGAGAGAGCGAGAGCGAGAGAGAUAGAGAGCAAGAGACAGCACUAUCUCACGUGAACCCUGGACAAUGGGUGCCUUCUUGGUAGCUUCCAUAGCUGGUGUGUUAAAGUGGGAAUGUGUAUUUGAAAGGACUUAAAGUCAAAUGUAUAGUUUUGAUAUUGUACAUAAAUACAUACAUUUUGAUUGAAGUUCACAUCGUGGAUCAAUAGCAAUACCUUAUUCCUUGAAAUGUACAUUCUCGUGCACAGCUUGUCACAGCAAGCUCUUCAAUACAACAUAGUAAGAUUCAAUGCAAGAGUGAGUUUGUAAUCUUCUGUUUCACAGAUGUCUGUGUGCUGUUAAGGCAUUGAGUGUAUAGAACAGAGCUAACCAGCAUCCAUACGCUUGCAUGCAAAAUUGAAGGCAUACAUCAAGCACAUCCCCAGCCUUAGAGACGGCCUCUUCCCACAGAUCAUUAGGAUGCUUAACUUUCAUGAGGAGCCACAGACGAGAGUCCUGUCAGAAUUAUUCCUCACAUAUCUUUUUUUACUGAAAAAGACUUUUUCCUGAGAAGACUUUAUCUACUUUUCCUACAAUUUUUUUUCUUUUGGGGACUUUUUUUUGAGCCUCCCUUGGUUUGCUACGGAUUGUUUGCUUCCCGACAAAGUGGGAGGAGUUCCCCAUUUUUCCAGAGCUCAGAAACAAUAUUUCUAUUGCUCCUGGCCUGACUAGAAGCAACGCUGAAGGUGUUGCCUCAUUAGGAGGGUGCAGCCUGGACAGUUUACAAGAGGCUACGAAUCAUUUUAAAAAGUUAACAAGAAAAAG